AUGUCCCAAUCUACUCCAGAGACAUCGACUGUUGUGGCAGCGUCUCGCCCGUCUGCCGCUGGCGUUGAGUUUAUUCGGAUCGAAUACAACGAUUUUCCGGGGUGCAGUCGCUUUAUAGACCGCGACCCCAGCAUUCUGUCUGCCGAUCUGCAGAGCUUUCUCGAUGCCGCAGUUCAGGCGGUAAGAAAUCACGAUCGUAUACUAUCGCUGCGAUGCAUCCAGCGAUAUGUGAUCAUCAAAAAGUGCCGAAACUUGACUGCCGAAGAUCGCCACAAUUACCUUUCUUUACUAGGACGUAAAGAUCCUAACGAGCCAACCUGGCAUGAAUAUUGCAGUGACCGCGAAAAGACCUCCGGUGAAGUACAUCGAAGAUUUCAGGAAAGCUUGAGGGCCUUACAACAAAAUGACAUGGAUCCGCCCGGGUCACAGAGUCGGUGUCUCAACGAGGCGGAUACACGCAGUUAUGGCCAACUAUUGCCUGCCGGUUGGGACAUUUCCUAUAGAAGGCCGGUCGUUUCUCACGCUGGUCAUUUUCCCUACCCUUCGGCGUCAGCCUAUACACAAUCAGUAGCAUAUCCAACAGUAGCACAAAGAAGAGAGCUGUCCUCCAUUGACAGUAUCCACCAAACAAGUGCUUCCGGAAUUCCAACCAAGGCGGAGGCUGCAACUGGACAAGAUGUGCACUCUGCACCCUCUGCUCUGUCGGCCUCACGGACAAGUGUCAAUUAUCAGCGAGACACAAGGGGAAGCGACCAGCAGCAAGAUGCAACAAAAUCUCGUGCUUAUUUGAGGUCUUCACACUCGUAUGAUGCAUAUGACUACAGACACAAGCCACCCACAGCUGGCGGUCUUGAGAAUGUCGAAUUCAGAGGCAAUAACAAGGAUCAGUUGGCGGCGGAUUCCGAACGGCUUGAUCCUCGUUACAUAUUACGCAGUGACGGUGCCACCUUCUUUUGCGAAGGUAGAGUAUUUUCCUUAAUGCACCACGAGCCCUUGGGCCUAAGACGUGGCGACCCCCCUGUUCGUGGUUUCGACAAGCGAAGUGUGAGUGAAGGACCUAAAGGGGUGCUCAUUUACAGCAAGAUCAGAAGGAUGGCUGUUGUCAGGAAACGGCAAGGGUACUCCAUCUGCGUCCCUAUCAAUUCCUACGGAGGGCGAGGCGUGGGGCAGAAGAAAAUGGGCUCUGAGAUGCAGGCUCACGCCAUUGCAUAUCCAAGCUAUCAAGAUCCGCCUCCUGGGCCGCUCCCAGAAGAGCCUCAAUUCAAGAAAAGACCGAUAGCUGUGGAUCUCAACCAAGGUCACGACUUGGAAGCUGGCAGCCGAAUCCAUUUCGGAAAGUUGCAAUCUAUUGAAUGGAACGUGAAAGUCAUGGAUAUUGGCUUCAUUGCUCCGAAGUCCUUGAAUGACUUUGAGGCGUACUGGAGAGAAGAGUACUUCCCAUCAGAAGGCCCGCGAGUCGAUAACAACACAAGACGUUAA